CUUUGCUCUUUAACUUUAUAUAUCUACACAGUAUUUUCCGAAUUUAGGGUUUUAGUCUCCAGCCACCCGAAGAAGCCCUGCAAUAACGACAAUGGCCACUCAGAUCAGCAAGAAGAGAAAGUUCGUUGCCGAUGGUGUCUUCUACGCGGAGCUUAAUGAGGUCUUGACUAGAGAGCUCGCGGAGGAUGGUUACUCUGGUGUUGAGGUCCGUGUCACCCCCAUGCGUACCGAAAUCAUCAUUAGAGCCACUCGUACUCAAAACGUCCUCGGUGAGAAGGGGAGGAGAAUCAGGGAGCUGACAUCUCUUGUUCAGAAGAGAUUCAGAUUUCCUCAAGACAGCGUUGAGCUUUACGCUGAAAAGGUCGCCAACAGGGGUCUCUGUGCCAUUGCUCAGGCUGAGUCUCUCCGCUACAAGCUUCUUGGUGGUCUUGCUGUUCGUAGAGCCUGCUAUGGUGUUUUGAGGUUUGUUAUGGAGAAUGGAGCUAAAGGAUGCGAAGUCAUUGUGAGUGGAAAACUCCGUGCAGCACGUGCUAAGUCAAUGAAGUUCAAGGAUGGUUACAUGGUUUCCUCUGGUCAACCAACCAAGGACUACAUUGACUCUGCAGUGAGGCAUGUUCUUCUUAGACAGGGCGUGCUAGGAAUCAAGGUGAAGAUCAUGCUUGACUGGGACCCUACGGGCAAAACAGGACCGAAGACACCAUUGCCUGAUGUGGUGAUCAUCCAUGCUCCAAAGGAAGAUGUUAAGUACACAUCUGCUCCGGUUGAUGCUGCUCCGGCUGCUCUUGUCCCGGAAGCUCCGUUAUUGACCACGGAUUACCCAGAAAUGCCAGUGGCUUAAGAAGCCUAUUUUUGGGGACAGUACCAGUUGACAAGUUUGCUCAUGUUUUUCUAGUAUUAUUAUAUAAAGUUCUGGGGAUUGAAUUAACUUUUAAGGAUUAUAGUUAUGUUUUUGCGUAUUGGUUUCUCUAAAUUUUAUUUAUCUAUCAACGAUUUGGUAUUUCAAAUGAAACUGUGUUUUUCAGUUAUUGUGUAAUGAACAUGUUUAUAAUUUCUUUCAAAACCUUCUUUCUGUAACGGGUUAUAGAAGAUUGGUUGCGUCUUUGAAUACCCUCUAUAGCCCAUUUUCGGAGAGGUCA